UCCAACAUGGCGGACACAGCUGAUCGAAUAUAAGCAAACUUCUGUCGAGAAAGUAUUGGGAGUUUCGGGAUGGGAAGAACCGUUAUUAUCGAAGAAUGUGUUGAAAAUUAUAUAUCUUCUCUUUACGGUAGCCAUAAAUGGCAAAUCGGUCUGAUAGUCGGACAGCUUUCUUCUCAAAGAGACUAUAUCCUUCAUUUGGCCAGGACACCAGACCAGUCAGGAAAUUCAGACGGAAGUGGUGAGACAGCGGCUUUAGAUGACAUUGAAAACAGAUGGAUCAUAGAACACGCUCAUCAGGUAUCAAGAAUGCUGACUGGAGGCUUAGAUGUGAUUGGAGUUUUUGCUUUUGGCCCCAUGGACAUGCUUACCAAAUCCCAGGCAAAGAUUCGUCAACUUCUGUUCUCCAUUCAGAAGACUGUACAACAAAAAUCAGCAUCAUAUUUUGAUGACCUCAUUCACAGCAGAAUCUUGCUCCAAAUUUGUUCAGAAACUAAAAAAAUUACUUGUAGGACAAUUGAUGUAUCUGAUCAGCAGGCCACACCAAAUCCAGCUGAAGUAAAAUAUCAGUCAUUCUCUCCAAAGUGGAUAAAACUGGAGACAUCCCUAUCAUUAACUAAUGGAUGCUUUGAUGUUCCAAGGAAACUUAAGACUUCAAGUCUUCACAAGCAAAUAAUGGGUAGCAUUCACAAGAAAUUGCAGAGUUUAUCUAGUGCCUUGUGCACCGUAAAUGGAGAGCUUUAUGCUGAUGAUCAGACCCUUGUAUCAGGAGGAAAGUCAGGAAGAUCCAGCCAAGCUAGUUCUAAAUCUACACAGACAUUUAAAAUUGACCUAUUUACAGAUGAGCCCUGCAGCACUAUAGAGUCAGUGGAGGUAGAAACUGCAGCUUCUAUAAGCAUCAGUGGCUCAAUGAGUUGUCGAGCCUAUAUGCAUCAGAAAGCCACUGCAGGGGAGGCCGUACAGGCUUUAAAGUAUGAUGCCAUUCGCUCUUUCCUGGCACGUUGUGAAGUUUUAUGUGAAGAUGUUAUGGACAAUCAAGAGGAGAAACCAAACAGUGAACGGUCUUCAACGUGGACAUCUCCUCAAAGAGUGUUUGUCCCUCUUGGCUCAGGACCCGUCACAGUUUGUGAUUAUGUGUUUAAGGACGAAACAUUGAAGGAAUCCAAAGAAAGAAUCGCAGAGCUCUUAGGUAUUGAACCCAAAGAAGAGGACUUUGAAUGCAGCGAGGAAUUCCCCGAUGUCCAGACGGUGGGAAGUUUGGUUGAAGAAAUGGAAACUGAGGACAAUGAAGAAAUUACAGAAAGCGAGGAAAUUCAACAAGGACUUGGAAGACGUGUAAUAGGUGCCGUUGUUGGAGUCGUUGUUGCAGUCGUGGCAGCUGGAGUAACUUUUCUUUGGGGCGAAAACACAGGAUGAAACAAAACCAAAAUAAUGUUGAUUGAUAGUAUUUCGAAUUACAUUAAAUUAAAAUCAAGCUCUACACUCUGAAA